AUGCGUUGGUUCUUCAUGAAGCUGAGAGAAGUAAUUGGGGAUAUCGAGAACCUUGCAUUUGUGACUGACCGGGGGCAGUCAAUAAUAAAUGGUAUAGCCGAAGUUUUUUCGGAAGCACAUCGUGGUUAUUGCAUGUACCACAUUCAGGGCAACCUGAAGACUAGGUACCGGGGCAGUGGUAUCGUUGCAUUGUUUAGGAGAGUUGUAGAAGUUUACAGCUUUGAAGAGUUUACGAAGUUCAUGGGCGAAAUAGAACAUAAAUCUGAAAGUGUAUGGGAAUAUCUAUCAAAUAUGGGGGUCGAACAUUGGGCACGGUCACAUUUUCCAGGACGUCGAUACAACAUGAUGACGUCGAAUAAUGCGGAGUCGCUCAAUGCAUUAUUUAAGAAGGAUCGAGAGUUACCAAUUCUCGCAAUGAUUGAACAUAUUCGUAACAGGUUGCAACAGUGGUUUUAUGACCGACGUGAGGAAUCCCAGAAUUGCACAAGUGUGCUAGCUCCGGCACAGGAAGAUCGACUAUUCAAAACUCUGGAAGUGGCAAAAGCUCUAUUUGUGGAACCACUAGAUCAAUUUCGCUUCUCCAUGAGAUGUGGGCAUAAUGUUGGAUACAUUGUAGACUUGAAUGACAAUACCUACAUGUGUAGACAAUUUCAGUUGGAGAGUUUUCCAUGUGUGCAUGCUGUCGCAGUGGCUAUGUAUAGAGGAUUUCCACCACACAGCUUAUGCACACUUAAUAAUUUGUUGCCACCUGAAGUUCGAACAUGUACUCCUGGUCGUAGACGGAUGUCUAGAAUACCAUCUACAGGAGAGUUUCCACAACCGCCAUAUUUGAAUAAAAAAUAG